UAGGCUCUAGCGUAAAACAGGACAAUUUUAUUCCAAGGUAGCAGGUAGAAAAAGAAGUUUUCAUCGUAGUGUCUUGUCUGUAUAGUGGCUGGGAAAGCGCCAGCUUUAAUUCCCCAUUUUAACUUUACUAAGCGGCAUUUUGCGCCUUUUUUUUUCUCCCGCUGCCCCACUCACUCCCGCCGCCCCCCACCCUCGUGCGUGUGUGUGCGCGCGUGUGAGAGUAGGGGCCUGUAACAUUGGUUCGGCCACGAGGCACGUUGGUACUGUAGGGCGAUGGCGGAGUACGGGAAUGGACUGACUGAGGAAUCGCUGCUGGAUUCGGACCCCGGACAUCCCGAACUAGAAGACACAGGCGUCGGUGACGAGCCGGGCUUAGAAGAGGGAGAGGCCGCGAUUGAAGACCCGGAGCUGGAGGCGAUCAAAGCCCGAGUAAGAGAGAUGGAGGAAGAGGCAGAAAAGCUGAAGGAAUUACAGAAUGAGGUGGAGAAACAGAUGAAUCUCAGUCCCCCACCAGGUACAUUCGGCCCUGUCAUAAUGUCAAUCGAGGAAAAGAUGGAAGCAGAUGGUAGAUCUAUUUAUGUCGGGAAUGUUGACUAUGGUGCCACAGCAGAGGAGCUUGAGGCUCACUUCCAUGGUUGCGGUUCAGUUAACAGAGUCACCAUCCUUUGUGACAAAUACACGGGGCAUCCAAAGGGGUUUGCUUAUAUUGAGUUUGCAGAUAAGGAGUCUGUUAGGACAGCCAUGGCUUUGGAUGAGUCCCUGUUCAGAGGAAGGCAAAUAAAGGUGGGUGCUAAGAGAACAAACAGACCAGGCAUCAGCACCACAGACCGCGGCUUUCCUCGGGCACGCUUUCGAUCACGAGGGGGAAGCUUCACAUCGCGUGCGCGGUACUACAGUGGCUACACGCCACCCAGGGCCAGAGGACGGGCCUUCAGGUUUCAGGACCAGUGGAGGCUGACGACCCCUCCCCAGGUGGCGCCGGCCCCCCCCACUGUCUCCGCGGCGUCUCUUUCUCUCUCUGCUCCCACUAUGCACACUCACCCCAUCCUGUCCGUUUGGGGGGGCGGGGGAGGGGGGCAGGGUGACCACAGGUCCACUGCGGGGGGCAUUUACUAUAACAGCAAACGCUGAUGAUGCUUUUAGUUGUUUCAGUCUUCAGCACGCUCACACAUCCAGAAUCAGGCGCACACACGCAGUACAGACACAACACGAUUUCUACACACAGCUGAGUGACAGAGUGAGGGAGGGAGACUAUACCGCAGAGGAGGGGUCUUACUGGGAGGGAGAUGGGGGGAGGUAGGGACAGGUGUGCAGUGCAGGCUCGAAGGUGCCCUCUUUCUCUGACUUCAGGCAGUGUAGUCAUGGCAUGUCUGAGGAAGGCUGAGAAACUGUGAUAUUAAUUUAAUAAUUGGAAAAGAUUGGAACUGUUUUAGGGUUUGGGGGAGUCAAAAGGGGGUUUGUGUGGCUUGUUUUCUUUGAAAAGGGGAGGGUUUGGAAAAAAAUGUUUUGCUUUUUUAUUUUUUAUUUUAACCCAUGAAACUGUAAUUAGGGGGGAAAAAAUAAAGAUUGUGAAAAAAGAA